AUGGGGGAGCAAAAGGACUUGGAGAUGCGUGUAGCCAAGGUACAUGACAUAUUCAAUGAAAAUGUUUCCAUAAAACCGGUCACCAUCCACGGGUUGCCUGAACUAUCCUCUGCUGCAAAACAUGAAGACAGUUUGUUUAGGGAUUUAUUUGAAGACUAUGAAAGGUGGGUUCGUCCUGUGGAACACCUGAGUGACAAGAUAAAAAUCAAGUUUGGCCUCGCAAUAUCUCAGCUAGUGGAUGUGGAUGAGAAAAACCAGCUAAUGACAACAAACGUCUGGUUGAAGCAGGAAUGGAUAGAUGUAAAAUUAAGAUGGAAUCCUGAUGACUAUGGUGGAAUAAAAAUUAUACGUGUUCCUUCAGACUCUCUGUGGAUCCCAGACAUCGUUUUGUUUGAUAAUGCAGACGGACGUUUUGAAGGGGCCAGUACGAAAACAGUUGUCAGGUACAAUGGUACUGUCACGUGGACGCAGCCAGCAAACUACAAAAGUUCUUGCACUAUAGACGUUACCUUUUUCCCAUUUGAUCUCCAAAAUUGUUCCAUGAAAUUUGGCUCGUGGACGUAUGAUGGGUCCCAGGUUGAUAUAAUCCUAGAGGACCAAGAUGUUGACAGAACAGAUUUUUUUGACAAUGGAGAGUGGGAGAUCGUGAGUGCAAUGGGGAGCAAGGGGAACCGGACAGACAGCUGCUGCUGGUACCCCUACAUCACCUACUCCUUCAUGAUCAAGAGGCUGCCUCUCUUCUAUACCUUGUUUCUUAUUAUACCCUGCAUCGGGCUCUCCUUUCUGACAGUGGUUGUCUUCUAUCUCCCUUCAAACGAAGGUGAAAAGAUUAGCCUGUGCACUUCGGUGCUUGUCUCUCUGACUGUCUUCCUUCUGGUUAUUGAGGAGAUUAUACCCUCAUCUUCCAAAGUCAUACCUCUGAUUGGAGAGUACUUGGUGUUCACCAUGAUUUUCGUGACGCUAUCCAUUAUGGUGACUGUCUUUGCCAUCAACAUCCACCACCGCUCUUCCUCCACACACGAUGCAAUGGCACCGUGGGUUCGUAAGAUAUUUCUCCACAAGCUUCCCAAGCUGCUCUGCAUGAGAAGUCAUACGGAUAGGUACUUCACUCAGAGAGAGGAAGCCGAGAAUGGUGGUGGGCCUAAGUCCCGGAAUACCUUGGAAGCCGCGCUCGACUGCAUUCGCUACAUCACGAGGCACGUCGUGAAAGAGAACGACAUACGCGAGGUUGUUGAAGAUUGGAAAUUCAUAGCCCAAGUUCUUGAUCGAAUGUUUCUAUGGACAUUUCUUCUGGUUUCAAUCAUUGGGACUCUAGGGCUUUUUGUUCCUGUUAUUUACAAAUGGGCCAAUAUACUAGUUCCAGUUCACAUUGGAAACACAAUUAAGUGAAACCCAGAAAUUGCACUGUGGAUGUAGUGAGCAGUCAUGCAGCUCUUAGGACACAUAGGCCAUCAUGAAUAUUUACAAUUUGAUAUAGGCUGUAACAGAUUAGCCGUUUCUGACAUUGGCUUAACGCUGUCCAUUAGAACUGCAGUAAUAACCUUGAGGGGCAUCAUUGUCCACCUGUACUAGGGAAGGCCUAACAUCUGCAUCCUGGCAAAUCCUACUAGCCUGCAGCCAGUGGUGAAGGCCAUCUUUGGAGUGCUGCAAAAUGCAACUAUAUUUGAAGACUUUUUAAAACUUUCCCCAAAUUUAGUAAAAGCAUAUAUUUGUGUGGUUUUGAAUUUUCAGAAUGGGUCUUGUUAAACUGUCCAGUCUGGCCCUAAACCUCCUGAGUAGCUGGGACUAUGGGUGUGCUCCAUUUUGCCCUGUUCUGUAUUCAUGGAUAUAAAAUACAUCAUACUUUUAUAAGAGCUAAGCCAAUAACUUGGUUUAAUAAUAACUUUUGCUGUGAAGAAACACCACGACAAGCAACUCUUAUUAAGGAAAACACUUAAUUGGGGCUGGCUUACAAGUUCUGAGGGUUAGUCCAUUAUCACAGCGGAAGCAUGGCAGCAUCCAGGCAGACAUGAUGUUGGAGCCAAGAGUACUCUACAUCUGGAUCGGCUGGCAACAGGAAGAGAGAGUGAGCUACUGACCUGGCUUGAGCUUCUGAAACCUCAAAGCCCUCCUCCAGUGACUCACUUUCUCCAACAAGACCACAACUCCUAAUAGUGCCACUCCAUGGUGAUCAAGCAAGCAUUCAAUCUGUGGGUCUACGAGAGCCAUUCCUAUUCAAACCACACUUGAUAUGAUGCUAUUCUUUACUGACAUUUUUAAUAAGUGGAAA